CUCCAACGAUACGAACCGCCAUGACUGACCAUACCAUCUACUAACAAGAGCAGCAAUAAUAUCCUUCCUUCAAUCACUAUUGAACUUCUUAUAUUCUAAAUAAUAAUACACUCUGCUAAACAGCCACUGACUCAAUGAUGACACUACGACGCUCCGCUCGUCUAACCGCAGCGUCAGUGUCCAAGAACAACAGCACCACUACCAUCAGCACUGUCCCACAUCUGCAACCCAGAACUCAAACAAAGAGAGCAGCCAGCAGAACCACAAAUGGGGUCUCAAAGACACGAAAGCCCGCAGCAGUAGCAAGGGGCAAGAAAGCGCAGCUAAAUGCGAAUCCUAAGCUAGACCAAGCUUCUCCCCUCACAGAUGCACCAACAGCAUCAUCAUCGCACUCAAGCAACAGCAGACAAUCACCUAAUACUACCACUACCACCACUACCACUACUACUAACAACAUCUGGGACCCCAUCCCCACCCCCAGCAGCAGAACGACCCCUCCCCCACUCGACCGACCCGUCGAACCGCACCACACCAACGCAACGCUCCUAACCCCCCACGGCUCAUCACUAGUCGCCUACCCCCCAGGCACAGAUGCGGACGCCUCUCCAAGCAAGACAGGUCGGCCCCGUCCCACCGCCACAACAGGCACGCUUCUGGAGAAAGCAGCCGCACACCUGAUCGCCACAGAUCCGCGCCUCGAAUCGCUCAUCCGCGAACAUCCCUGCCCAUUGUUCACGCCGGAGGGUCUAGCCGAGGAGAUCGAUCCGUUCCGGAGCCUCGUUAGCAGUAUUAUUGGACAGCAGGUGUCCGGGGCAGCGGCGAAGUCGAUCAGGGAUAAGUUUGUGGCGCUGUUUAAUACCAACACCAAUGAUAAUAAGGAUGGAGAUGGCGGUACAAUAAGAACAAGCUUCUUCCCCACCCCGGAAGACAUCAUCAAAAAGGAUAUCACCACGCUCCGGACAGCAGGCCUGUCCCAGCGCAAGGCGGAAUACAUACAUGGAUUAUCUGAGAAGUUCGCCAACGGGGAACUGAGUGCCCGGAUGUUGUUGAAUGCUAGUGACGAGGAGCUCGUGGAGAAGUUGACUGCCGUGAGGGGUCUGGGCAAAUGGUCUGUUGAGAUGUUUGCUUGUUUUGCUCUGAAGCGCAUAGAUGUAUUUUCGACGGGGGAUUUGGGUGUACAGAGGGGAUGUGCGGUGUUUGUGGGCAAGGAUGUAAAUAAGUUGAAGGGAAAGGGUGGCGGUAAGUUCAAGUAUAUGCCUGAGAAGGAUAUGUUGGAGCUGGCGGCGAAGUUUGCUCCGUAUAGGAGCUUGUUCAUGUGGUAUAUGUGGCGGGUGACGGAUGUCAAUAUUGCUGUGUUGGGUGGGUAGAUACUACUUGGUAUAUACAGACAGGAUAUAGAUCUCAAGCAUCGGAUGGGUAUAGUGUCUAGAACUACUAUAUGUACAUUACUCAGAAGGUGUGGAACGCAUAUAGGUCUGCUACAGCCAAC